ACACACCGCGCGCGCGCGCGCACACAUAGACACAUACACACGCUGUCUCCGUCUCUCUCCCACACUCUUCUCUGGUCGAGCUCAACACAAGGGGACAUGACAGAAUGACAGGAGAUGGAUUUUUCCGCGUGAUGUGGGGGGAAAUGGUGAUGCUAACAACUAUUAUACGUCCCUCAACGUGAAUCACCAACCUUCGUGAACCCUGGCGUAAUUGUAAAACGGUGGAUCAUGAAUGAAUGAAAGCAGAGUCUAUCAAUUAGAGGGCCAUCAGCAGGCUUGCCUUGGCAUGCCUGGGCCUGUCAAGGGAUCCUGGGGCUUUGGAAAAAAACUGAGGCUUUUUGAAGAUGGAUCACGAUGGAGCUUUCCAAAUACUGACCAAGUAAUGGGAGCACAUUGAAGUAAUGGGAUAUUGGCAGGAAAAACUGCCACAAUGUGAAAUGGCCUUACCUCUUUUUCAAGGCUCAGAUUUGUCUAGAAGCCCCAAUGGAGCAGGAUGUGGAGAGCCCAGUAACCAUCAGACAGCCCAAGCUGCCCAAACAGGCCAGAGAGGAUCUUCCCAAGCAGCUGGUUGACAAGGAAAGAGCCAAAAGGAAGAUCCAGAGAUACGUCCGGAAGGACGGAAAAUGCAACGUUCACCACGGCAACGUGCGAGAAACCUACCGCUACCUGACAGACAUCUUCACCACACUGGUGGACCUCAAGUGGAGGUUUAACCUCUUCAUCUUCGUCCUGGUUUACACGGUAACAUGGUUGUUCUUCGGGUUCAUGUGGUGGCUGAUAGCCUACAUCCGAGGUGACCUGGACCACAUAGGAGACAACCAGUGGAUUCCAUGUGUCAAUAACCUCAAUGGGUUCGUCUCCGCUUUCCUGUUCUCCAUAGAGACCGAGACGACCAUUGGGUAUGGCUACAGGGUGAUCACAGACCAGUGUCCCGAGGGCAUUGUUCUCCUCCUGGUGCAGUCAGUGCUGGGAUCCAUCGUCAACGCCUUCAUGGUGGGCUGCAUGUUCGUGAAGAUAUCGCAGCCUAAGAAGCGGGCAGAGACCCUGGUGUUCUCCACCAGCGCGGUAAUCUCCAUGCGCGACGGCCGGCUAUGCCUGAUGUUCAGGGUGGGGGACCUGCGGAACUCGCACAUCGUGGAGGCCUCCAUCCGGGCCAAGUUGAUCAAGUCCAAGCAGACCAAAGAGGGGGAGUUCAUCCCCCUCAACCAGACUGACAUAAAUGUGGGCUACGACACCGGUGAUGACCGGCUCUUCCUGGUGUCCCCGCUCAUUAUUUGCCAUGAGAUCAACCAGCACAGCCCAUUCUGGGAGAUCUCCAAGGCCCACUUGGCCAAAGAGGAACUAGAGAUUGUGGUCAUUCUGGAGGGCAUGGUGGAAGCCACAGGGAUGACCUGCCAGGCCCGGAGCUCCUACGUGGCGAGCGAGAUCAAGUGGGGCUACCGCUUCACGCCGGUGCUGACCCUGGAGGACGGCUUCUACGAGGUGGACUACAACAGCUUCCACGAUGUGUACGAGACCAACACGCCCGCGUGCAGCGCGCGGGAGCUGGCCGAGAUGGCGGUGCGGGCGCGGCUGCCGCUCUCCUGGUCCGUGGCCAGCAAGCUCAACCAGCAGGCGCCGCCGCCGGACCAGCAGAAGGAGCGGCCGGAGAAGGGCGGGCGCCAGGGCGAGGACCAGACGGAGCGCAACGGGGACAUCGCCAACGUGGAGAGCGAGUCCAAAGUGUAGGCGGGACGGACGGACACGCGUGCAGCGGAGGCGGGACGGAAGGACACCCCGCGUGUGGUGAAGUCUCUCUUCGCAUUGUCUGUUAGAGCAGUGGACCCCAGUGAGCAGGGGGAGAGGGGGGGGGAGGAAGUCCCAGAGUCGAGGUCUGAAAGGAGACGCGGAAAGCAGGAGGCCUCGUGCCAUGAAGAGCCUUUUCCCGCCCAAAAUGGCUGCCCUGCGGAACGCUGGAGAGAUCGAGCGGAGACGGGAAAGUCCGGGGGCAAACGCAUGCUUUUGAAACAGCAUUUUUUCUUAAAGAGUUGAUAUAAUUUUCUUUUUUUAAUUGAAAGAUUUAACCUAUAUAUAAAUAUAAAUAUAUAUUCUAGGGCAUUUGCAUUUGUAUUUUUUGUACAUAUUUCAAUACUUGUAACUAGCCAAUGAGAGUAUGGUUCUGUAGAUGUGUGAAUAUUUGUUAGGAGGCUGUUUGAUACCGAGUCAGUUAGACAAGGGCAAAAGAAUCAGUCUGUACAUAUGCCUUAUGUAAUAAGCUUUCUUUACUUUAGGAUUUUUUUAAAGACACGCAUGUACAAAAAAAAUCUACAGUUGUUAAAUUAUUCUAUAUAAUGUACAUAACGAUAAUGUAAGUAGCUAUAGACAGAAUACUUCUCCUCAAUACUGGAUGCAAAAAAUAUAGAUUAGACUAUUGUUCUGGGAUGUGGACCCAGUGUUGUGGAGGUGCGUCUGACCCUGGCUGUGCAUGUUUGCUGUGCAUUCCGCGGAGUCUGCGUGACCACUUGCCUAUAAUCCUGUUAAAGUGGCUCCAUUACCAGAUACAGUUUCUCCCUUUCUCAGUCUUUACUCCCGUGUGUCCGUGUGUGUCGUUACAGGCCCUUUAAUUUGUGAAUGAGUUCGGCAAAAAUGAGUUAGCGCGCGUUCACUACUGGCCACAGUUGCUGUGAAAGUGUCUCGCUCCCCGUUAAUUUAUCCCUCGUUGUUGUUGACAUUGGCCCGCUUUUAAUGCGACCGUUGAGAAUCAGAUCUGCGGAAAUGAGAAGACUGCCUCGGAGGCCUUGAUGAAGUGACAGUGUUCUAUUUUUAACCCCAAGCAGAAUGAAAACAGACAGCGAAGGAAAAAGGGACCAGGAUUACUGUUUUCUUUCAACGAUGCUGUUUGAGUCACGCAGUGACUGCAGGCGUGGCCAUUAGCAGGGGGAGGGCCUCAUCGGGUUUUUUACGCUCGACUGUAAAGCCUCGGCGAAUGGGUGUUCAUUCCCACAAAAAAAAUGCAGCUUCAUAUUAGAACGUUGCUUCUAAAUUGUGCCACCUGCUGGAAGUUCUGCGAAUGCAAUUUAUCUAUUCAGUCCAUUCCGAUGGCAUCACGACAACAGGACAGCCGUUUCUCCCCUAAAAACACGGUUUUUAAAAGGCAGAACUGUAACCACUUGAAGUCUUAGCGGGCAAAGCUAUAGGACAGGAUGUGCGGCAAGCUGAGGUCCAGCGUUCAUAGCUGCCCUCCCUCCUUAAACCUCAGCAGCACUCAGCACUCAGCAUUCACCAAACAACCGUGUGAUUGGGCUCCGAUGGCAGCAGACGGAGCGAGUCUGGUUCCGCUCACUCCCUCCUGCUCCAGCUCUCCCCUCCUUGCGGGAUCCGCCAAUGACCGUGUGGCAGCUUGCUGCACCAGGCGUGUAGUGGGAGGCUCCUCCCACUUACGAUGAUUGCCACGGCAUGUGUUUUUGCACAGGAACCCGCUGAGCAUGGGCCGCUUGCUUGCUUGUCACUGGAUGACGUGGCAGCACCUGUCCCCCAAUGAGAGCAAAAGAGUAAAACAGAAUGCGCAUCACAUGUCCGUACCAGUACUCUCAUUAUGUUCUAAAUUUUCCCUUUUCUGAGCCCUCUGUGAGGAUGGCUUGCCCAUAUUCCCUACCUGACCUCAGGUGGUUUUGAUUAUGGAGACAGGGCCAGUGAAUACUGUCACUGCAAUGAGGCUUCCUUUUUGUAGCUCAGCUGGGCCUCGCUGCCCAUACAUAUUUCAGGAUGGAAGCAGCAGCAUAACAAUGAAUGGGGGGGGGGGGGGGCUGGGUUCCUUCGAGAGAUCACCGUCGCCGGGAGACCCCAGCAUUGCACAGCACUUGUCCCCAGCAGCACAGAUCCUGCGCUGGACCCCUGUCAUUGAUGGACACGUCUAGGGAGAGAAAAACAGCAGCCAAAGUGCUGGAGGCAACUGAUGGUCCCUAGCAUCUCCCUGCUGAUGAUGAUUGUUGGAGAGAGGCCUGGCUGGUUGUGUGGAUAGGGGAUGUGGGGAUUAUGGGAGGGAAGUGCACGGGGCAGCAGGUGCCUCGUGGGCGCAGGAAAGGGCUUGAGUAUUUCACUACAGCCUGUACAUACAGCAUCAAAAAUGUGGGAGAGAUUUUACAGUAAUCCAUACCUACAAGUGCUCUUUAAAACUUCUCAUCACAGACAGCGGCUCAGAGAAUCCACACAAAGAAAGCCAUUUUAAUGAAGGACAAAAAAUAGAUAUAUUCUGCACCUUGCUAAGUGUGUCCAGUAUUUUGUUUCCUUUGCUCUCACAUUGACCGGGUGAUGUGUUUGUUUACUAAUCACUGAACAUUUCUGUUGGGUGCAAAAUAAACAUUACUCUGAUUUUUUUUAUAGCACAAAUACAAAAUUAUAUUUCAGUUGUCAAAUGCAAAACAAUAAUAGGAAAUGGUUAUUGUCAGGUUUUUCCUGAAAUAUAUUCUUUCUUGCUCUUAAUAACACAUUGUGCUUUUCUGUUUAAUUGUAAUUUGUUUUUGGAUACAUGUUUGUACAUAAGUCCGCUGCCAUACAACACUGCUUAUACUGAGUUUGACUGUGCUGACUUUGGAUUGCUUAUGAACUGAGAAUUGAGUUCCUCCAAAAAGCCAUACCCUUACAUUUACAGUGGUUUUAUAUUUCUGUAGAACUCAUCCAGUAUUGUUGGGUAUUUUAUAGACAUCUUGCUAAAAUGUUUUGGUUAAUAUUUGUACAUUCCUAAUCACAUCUGUAGAAAGAUAGCCCAAAGGACUGAGAUGGUUGAACAGUUGAAAAAUGUAUUUGGAAGACAACUGAGGCAAGCAAAAUUUGUUAUUAUUUUCCACCAAUUUCUGUUUAUUAUUUUGACAAUUAUUAGAUGUAAAACUACUAUUACACAGAGGAAAUAACUACAAAUGGCAAAGUAAUUUAAUAUGAUUUAAAGCUGGAACUACUUCAGUGCUCAUGUGAUGAACCUUUGUGUUCUUAUCUUAUUUUUGUCCUUUUGACUCGAAAUGAAUGAUAUGUAUGUGUUCAUAUAUAUUCUAUGUUCAAUACACCAUAUAUUCUUCAUUCUGUUGAAAUUUGUUCCAAGGAGUGUAUUCAUUGGACAAUCAGUUUGGCCCCAAUAAGGCCAUAGAGCACUUUCUCGAUCAGCAUCUGUGGAACCAGGAUGGUGUGCGUGGGUCAGCUGUAUUCUUGAUAAGAAAAUUUCUUAAUGGAUUUGAAAUGAGACGUGAAACAAGAUUACACUUGGCUUUGACCACAAGACAUUUUUCUACCUUCCUUUUUUCCCCCUCUUUUUUAUUUAAACCAAGAACUUUCAGGAAAUUCUGAAUUGUUGCUUUACAAAGGUAAAAAAGGCUCCAAUAAUUAUUUGCCAUUUAAAUGAACAGCGAAGUGGACGUAGCUGAUACAGUCUUACAUUUCAGAAUGGCAUUCGAUCAUUUCCUGUGACUUGGGCUGACCUAUGGGAUAGGCAACAGCACUCAGAGAUUAGAGUUGUACACCCAAAUAUGGCUGGUAUCAUAUUUUCUUAUACCCAGACCUUCUCCUUCCCACUCAGUGAUGUGAAUACCCAGCCAAAGUGCGCACAUCAAAAGUUACAACCAUGACAGGACUUCCUCCAGCAAACAGAUAUGUCUGUUUGUUCAGCCUGUCUCCAUCACUCUCUUCAACGGACUGGGUCCUCAAAUCACUCAUAUUUCCAUUGCUAAAUACAUCUAAUGAUGAGCUGCUCAUUUCUUAUUUGCGCAUCAUUAACAUGGAACAUUCCCUGAAAAUGAGGUCUGAAAGUUCAAUGCAGAGAUAUAUGCGCAGAUAGGCUCUAGCAAAUCUAUAUGAUCUGUGACAUCAAUAGAAAAUAUGUAUUAGAUACAAGAAUGUGGACACAACAGAAUAAGUUUUACGUGCAUUUUCCUAUUGUGUGUACGAGUGAGAAGGGGACAUUUGUCAUGUGACUCAUCCUCCGGUUUCCCCAGUAUCUUCAACAUCGCAUCAGUGGAUGUCAAAAAAUAUGCCACACCGCCAUUUAAUUUGAUUUAAUAUAGAUCGGAUGUCAUCUUCGUAAAAUAAGAACUGACGAAGACGUGACAGUUGAGCAAUAACGCAGCACAGUUGUCUUGUGAUGGGUGAUGAGGAAAAGGAGGUGCUGGCUGGCAGCAGGGUAAGAAUGGGAGGUUGUCUUCAGUGGCUAACGUGUGAACAAGCCGACAGACAGAUCAGAACCUGAAAGAACAUGGCAGUUUUUACACUCCGGCCUUGGGACCAGACCUCUAAAAGGCUUUUCUUUUCCAGAAUGUUACCAGAACAAAAAUAAUAAUACACAAAACACAACUGGAGUGAGAUAAAUGCCAAUGUGUCAAAUAAUAAUAAUGUCCAAUUAAACACAAGCUGUUCCUUUUUCCAAGUUCCUGUUUUAUGGUUUUCUUUGAUUUUGAGAAAGAACAAUUAGUUCCAAGCCAGAGGUAAUACACUUUGGAAUACUCUUGUGCAAGUUAUUACUACUUUUACUUAACAUCUAAUUAAUAGAUUAAUAUAUGAUGACAAUCUCUCACAGGUGUACACUGUGUACCUGAAUGGACAGUAGGUGACAAGAAAAAAAAGCGAAUGUAAACCUGAAUAUGUAGGUCAAAAUCUAUUCUGUCUGAUUUGCAAAUUACUGCAAUAUCCGUUAAGCCAAUUAUCUUAUCCAUUUUUCCUAUCACAGUAUCGCUGUGACUGACACAACUGCCACAGUAACUGACCAUUUUUUCGCAUUUGUCUUUUUUCACCUGUAGUGCUUAUUCCUGAAUUCACUUUUCUACAAUAGAUUUUUAAAAACUGGCUGUGUUUCCAGAACUGAAUUAAGAAAAUAUGGGUUGUGUUAAGCAAAUCACUUUGGCUACGUCUCACCCUACAUCCCACCCCCACCCCAUUUUGCAUUUCGUUUCACCUACUGCUGGGGAGGAGCUGCUGAAGGUACUAAGACUCAAUGAGCCAAAUCAGUCACUAAGCAAAGUGCUCUCUAGAACAGACACGUUAAGUUAUUUCUCUCCUCUUGGCUGCGCUGCUCUUCCUUCUCACUGGCACAGCUCAUUCACUCAAGAGUGGCAAAUCUUUCUUUUUUUAAACCCAAAAUCUGACUGAUCUACUUUACAAAGAUGCUUUUGAUAUCAAGGUGGGAAAAGUAUUAGCAGGCGUUGCAUAAUCAAAACAAAACUUAUCCUGUGUUAUAAUAACCGAGUCGAACAAAGCCAGUACUUUGUGUGCACUUUAGUUGGUGUAUGAAACGCACAUAAGGUUGGACUGUUUCCCUGUCUACGACCUCCCAGCAAGCCAUUAUUCUCAGUGUGUCUGUGCACGGGCAAUGGAAUGAAAGCAUGCUUUAUAUGAAAGCACAAUAACUGUACAGGAAACUGAUUAUAGUGCCAAAUUUUUAAAUAAAUUGAUACAGUAUGUUUAAA